AUGGGUGAAAGGUCCCAUAAAGCUCAUACACAAGCAGUUCCCCACUCACCGAGGGCUGGUUGCAAGGGUAGUUUGGAGUCCAGGAGGGCCGCCACCACGACAACGGAAAUACUUGAAGCAUCCACGGUGCCACGGAUUGGCCGGCUUAGCAGGGCUUUUGGGGCCGACGUAGGGAAAGAGGCAACCCAAUGGCGGAUUUGUUCCUCUGCAUGGUUCAAGCUUUAUAAAGUGGGGUUGUCGUGGUGGUGGUGCCGGGGGUCUAAGGUUCAGAGCAUGUAUCAACACCACCAUGCAGAUGAGAAUCAUACUGAUCAGGAACCUGGACUUCAUGUUACUGUAUGUCAUGGCUGGUUUCCUUUGUUCAUUCUCUUGACGUUAUACAUAUCAACUUAG